AUGAGCAAAACCAAGUCAUCGUCGAAGAAGGGUGGUAACCUGUUCAUGUGUUUUAGACAGGAGGAGGUUGACCCGGAUGUGUCGGGUCGGGUCGAAUCGGUUGUGACGUACAUCGCCAUGAGAAAGAAGGGAAAUAGUCACGUUGUUUUGCCCGCGGCCGACGAAGAAGACACCGGAAUAAAAAAAUCUGGUAGCCGUAGAUUUUCCAUGGCCGUGACCAAGAAGAGCAAGAAAGGAAAAUCAGAUACAAAGUCAUCUUCAAAGUUAAUAAGUGAAAGUGCAAGAUUCAACUAUCAAGUAUCGACUAACAAUGAUGAUUUUGAUUAUGGGCAAAGAAUUCUUUCUAGAAGUGUAUCGGCUUUGGCUACAUCAUCUGCUUUAGCCAUUGCUAAUACUAACAGUUCUGGUACUACGUCUACACUUUGUUCUUCGUGUUCAUCGUCUUUGAUCACCGAAACGACACCGUUUGUUGGGUCAGAUUCUGCGAAGUUGGUCAAGUACGACAGAGGCUACGAGAGUUGUGAUUGUGGUUUGGUUUUGAUGAUUCUGAGUCUAUUUGUGUUGGUUUUUUGGGGUAAACUUUGUGCUAUUUUUUGCACUACCACGUGGCUUUUCUUGAUGCCACGUUUGAUGAUGCCAGUGAAGAAAUCGUCCACGUCAUCAUCGGCAAAGUCUAAUUCUUCAACUUCUUCUUCGUCGUCGUCGGAGUGUAAGUCGCCGGAAGAUUGUAAAGGAAGAAAUACUCUUAGGUUGAAGUGAUCGUGGGAGCUUUCGUUGUGUGUAGAUAAAGAAAG